GCUCACGCUCUCCAGAUAAAGCGCUGCAAAUAGCGCUGUGCCAUCGCGAGCAAAAGACCAAGUGGGGUGUGUACGCUACGCCUCUUCGAGCCUGAGCACAGCACAGCUCAAAAUUUCGACGCGUAAAGGUCGAUUUGACCAGCAACAAGUAGGCAGCACGUGUCCGUGUCAACGAUGGCGUCGCGCGCGCACAGACUCGUGCGUCGCUUGUCAUCCGCUGCAUCCUCGUACGAUGCGCUCGUCAUCGGCGGCGGGCCGGUGGGGACGGAGAUCGCGAGGCUGGGCGGUCUCAUCGGUCUCGACGUGGCGGUCGUGGACCCGCGAGGAGCUGUGUGGAAAUUAACAAUCAAUCAACCAGUGAAAGCGUUUGACACAGGCGAGGAGCGCUGCUGGCCGCCCCCACGGGCUACGUCUCGAAGGUCCUGCUCGACGUGUCGAACUGCGCCGAACGCAACUCGCGCGUCGUUCCGCGGGAGUGGACGCACGCCAAGUACGCCCUCGACGCGACGGCGGUGAGAGCACUAGCGAUGACGGCGGACCUCUUCCAGGACUCGUCCGUCGGCGCGGACGUCGUCGCGGGCCGAACCGAGUUCGCGCCGACCGUCAUCCAAGGGCGAGCCGCCUUCAAGGGCCGCGACGCGUCGGGCUCCUACGAGGUCCAGGUGCACGGCGCCGCGCCGACCGUCGUGCACGCUCCCACGGUCUUCAUCGCGACGGGCUCGGCCUCCACGCGGCUCCCCUCUCUCCCCUUCGACGAGGCCAACGCCACGGGUUGGAUUUUUGACUCCGACUCGAUCGUCGGCAUCGGCCGCGUGCCGGAGCACAUCUUCAUCCAGGGCGGAGGUCUGAUCGCCGUCGAGUACGCCUUCAUCUUCGAGCGGUUGGGGGCCAAGGUCACGCUCGCGCUGCGCGAGGAGCGCGUGCUCCAGGGCAAGGACGUCGACAUUGACAUCUCGGCCGCCGUCGGGGCGCGCCUCGAGGAACGAGGCGUCGAGAUUCGGUACGGAGACGGGAACGUCGUGAAGGUGACGCCGCCCGCGGAGCACGGGGGCGUCGGCUCCGUGGAACUCGGCUCCGGCACGGUCGUCGAGGCCGGCGCCUUCCUCUCGGCGCUGGGACGCGGCGGCGCGGCGAAGGGCUUGAACGUCGAGAACGCCGGCCUGCGACCGCCGCUUCCCUCGGGUCACUUGGCCGUGGACUACAACUCGCUCGUCGCCGAAUCGACGGGCGGCGACUGCCGCGUUUUUGUGGCGGGCGACACGGUCAAGGACUGCGCUAUCUAUCCGGGCGGCCUCUUGAGCACGGGCCUGGCGCAGGGCCACGUCGCGGUGCGAGGCGCGUUCCCCGAGGCGUGGCGCGCGACGUUCCCGCCCGUCGGGCGCCGCGUCGAGGGCUCGAAGAUGGACGCGUUUCCCGCGGUCGCGUUCUGGAUCGACGACGGCGUGGCGACCGUGGGCGUCACGGAGCAGGCAGCUCGCAUGGCCCACGGCGACGACAUCGGCACGGCCUCUGCCAAGUACUCGGAAACCGUCAAGGCCUGCGUCCAGCCGCGGCCCGACGACGAGUUCCUCAAGAUCGUGUACCUUAAGACGUCCGGGUCCAUCCUCGGCGUCCACAUCUUCGGCAAGGACGCCAGUGAGAUGAUCAACCACGGCGCGGCGUUCGUGAACCGCGGGCAGACCAUCUGGGACGUCAUCCACAGCAUCCCGCCGGCGGUCACCUACGACGAGGUCUUCCUCCGCGCCGCGCGCCGGGCGUGCUACAGCAUGGCCCAGUUCUCCGGCGAGCGCGCGUGAAGUAAAGUAUUGUGUCUGA